AUGCGUCUGGGUUGCAAUAAGAACUUGCUACUUCUCCCGUGCAUGCAUUCUCUUCCCCUUCCCCACUCAUACACACCCCUGCCUGCCAUUCGUUCCACCUACGUUCGCUGUUCACACGAAGAUGCGUGUGUCCCCCUCUCAUUGCCUGUCGCAAUGAGAGCUUGCCAUAUCUCCCACGCACCCACUCCCCCUACCCUCACUUCCUCCUCCCUCUCCUGCGCGCCCUCAUGUCAGCAGGGCGCGGGGCGUGACGCGUUCCUGAAGAACAGGUGGGUGGCGGAUAAGAGGGAGGGUGGAUGGGAGAGGGGCAGGUGGGUGGGAGAGGGGCAGGUGGGUGGGAGAGGGGCAGGUGGGUGGGAGAGGGACAGGUGGGUGGGGGAGGGGCGCGUGGGUGGGGGAGGGGCAGGUGGGUGGGAGAGGGGCAGGUGGGUGGGGGAGGGGCGCGUGGGUUGGGGAGGGGCAGGUGGGUGGGUGACAUUGCCGGUUGAUGGGCGGCACUGCCUGGUUUACAGUCAAUCGGUCGCGCUUGAUGGUGCUCGCCAGACUGGAGGUGCACUUCUCAUCCUGGCAGUGCACUUCUCGUCGCGCUUCAACCGCAAGCCCCACCCCGACAGCGCGCUGGAGAAGAUGAUGCACACGGAGUGGCAGAGACGCAAGGCACAUCAGCCUUCACUGUACGAUGGGUCCAAGUUCAGAUAUGGCGGGUUCUCGUUGUCCCCGUCGUCUGCCGCUUCCCCCUCUGCUGCCACUACCAUCGAAGCGCCUCAAGGGUCAGAAGCAGCGGAGCGAGGUGUGCAGGGCAGCCCCCGUGUGUGCCUGCACCUGGGUCUCACGGAGUACAAGAGCCUCAUCACAACCAACCUCUGCUCCGACUGGCAAAGCUUCCUCGCACCGCCCCUCUCUGCCAGCGCUGCUGCCAAGCGCCUCAAAACAGGCGAGGGGACGGGCAGCAGGGGGACAGGAGGUGCAGACGGGGCGACUGUGGAGGAGGGGGGUGGGGAGGGAGCGAGCAGGGAGGAAUCAAUGGAAGGGAAUUCCUGGGAGUGUGGUGCUGGCGAUGGGCCUCAGACCUCUAAGAUGGCUCAAGAUGGCGAUGCUACUGCUGCUGUUGCUUCUGACGCUGCUGACCCUGCUACUGCCACCACCUCUGCUGCAGCUGUCUCUGGUAGCACAUCCGCCACCAACAGCCCCACCGGGGUCCCGCACUCUCACAGCUCCCAUGAGUGCCCCCAUCGCAAGGAAGAACCCAGUAACCACAUGGCUGCAUGUGCCACGUGUCAGCAGGCCAUAGGCCAGCGCGACGCGCAAGCAUGCCAGCACAUGGGGGAUGCGCUGGGGAAUGCGGCGCUGGUGGUGACGGCUGAUGGGUGCUUCCUGCUGCUGCAGCGCGGCACGGCUGUGGGUGAAUUCCCAAACUGCCCGGUUUUUCCUGGGGGACACCCGGAGCCAUCAGAGGCAGGCAUCUCCACCACACCAACGUCACCCCCUUCCCAACAUUCCCCUGCCAACCCCCAAUCCUCCACCAUUCCUUCCCCUCACACCUCCACUGCCUCCCCUCCUCGCUCUCCUUCUGACUCCUCCUCAUCGCCCACGCUGCUCAACCUCACCAUCGCGCAUGAGAUGUUUAAAGGCAUGAAACGAGAAGUAGAAGAGGAAACAGGCGCCCCUGCUGACUCGCUGCACGGCAUGCUCUUCUUGGGGCUGUGCAGGCGAAGGGAGAACGUGCGGUCGCUCGCCAUGUUUCUCUGCCACACCUCCCUCACGGCACCCGAGGUGCUCUCUCGCUACGCCUCUGCGCAGCACAAGUUCGAAUCCACCAGCCUCCGAGCCGUGCCGCUGGCGGCGUUGCUGACAGAGGCGUCCUCCAUGCCAGGCUGUCACAUGGGCGGCGCUGUGCUGGCGUACUGCCACCUCAUCCUGCAUGGCCAUCUGCCGCCCACGUAG